AUGCUUCAUCGUCGGAUUCGCGAGUUGGAAGCAACCUGCAUCAAGGCAGGUGUUUCGGUGCCUGCAUUUGGAGGUGAAAACAUCGGGGAAGACCAUUCCAUGACCGAUAGUGGCCAGCCUGCCGACUCGCCCGGGACUGUGAAUCAGAAUAUGUCAUCAACUAUGCUUGAUGGGCAAGCACAACAAUCCCCGAUAAGCCAAGCGGGCAGGUCGCAUCCCAUGCAUAACGCAGCGCACGUAUAUUGUUCCCCAAGAAAAGAGACGGAAGUAUACCCCAAUACGCCCUUUGAACUUGACAGCAAUGUCACUGGGAUGGGUGCAAUCAGCUCUGUGGACGAAGAUGGACGACCCGCGAACGAAUACUUCGGCAGCUCGUCUACCGUUUCACUGAUGCGACUACUGACUGGGGAUGCAAACCCACGACCUAGCGUACAAGCUCAUGCCACUGCUGGAGAGACACCGAGAAGGCCCGGUCGAAUGGAACAAUUGUCGGCUUUAACACACGCCGUUCCGACACCACUAAGCCGGUUCCAGGUUGAUGAGUUUUUACUUCCACCCCGAGACUUAGCAGAUCACUUGCUGGACUGCUUCUGGGACCGAGUGUACUGCCUCUAUCCAUUUUUUCAUAGACAAAGUUUCCAAGACGCAUACGAUAAGCUCUGGAUCUCGCGAUCUCAGCCCGCUAAACCACUUACCGAUCUGGACAUCGGCCUGGGAAACAAAAACCACUCGGAUCCCAGAUCAAUCAUAUUCAUCUGCGCGCUCAACAUGAUAUUCGCUCUUGGGUGCCACUUUGCCGACAUACCGGACCACGAGAGAGAGGCCGUGGCGCAUACGUUUUUCGUACGAGCGAAGAAGUUCAUUGGGCUUGACAUGCUGGAUAUUCGCACCGUCGGUACCGUUCAAACACUUCUCCUCACCGUGCUUUUCCUUCAAUCAACGCCCUAUCCCCAUCGAUGCUGGCAGUCAAUCGGAGUGGCGUGUCGCCUAGCCCAGGGACUGGGCCUCCACGAGGCACAGCCUGAUGAGAGUCAACAUCCGCUCGAACGAGAAAUCCACCGUCGAACGUGGCAUGGAUGUGUAAUGAUGGAUACAUUUGUGAGCAUGACCUAUGGUCGCCCGACGAUGACUUCGCAUCUGUCAAAUGUUCCUCUGCCGGAAUGCCCAGUACCUGGACCGGGCGAUGAACACAGCCCAUCCAUCAUGGCUUUCUACAUUGCAACCAUUGAGCUGUAUCGGGUCCUAGACAGUAUACUAUCAGACGUGUACGAAACGUGGCGAAGUAGAGAUAGUAUGACCCCUGUUGGCUCCACGAGGAGAAAUGGCGGUUCUAGCGGACUCGAUGUCAUCAUCGGCUUAGAAGACAAGCUCUUCCAGUACGAAUCCAAUCUUCCUUUGUUCCUAAGUUGGACGAGACCAUCGGUGCCAGUCAUUGAGGCGCAGAAACAAUUAGUUCUGAGACGCCAGAGGAAUGUGCUCCAUGCAAGAGCGAUACUCCGAAAAUGCGCUGCUGCCUGUGCCAAGGCAGCUAUUAACCUUAUCUCGCUCGUCCAUGAUACAUACCAGGGCUCGGAAACAGACUUGGGAUUUUAUAAUGGUUUUUACACAUCAACUGCGGGAAUGGUGAUCAUCAUGUCGUACGCCUGUCGCCCCAUCUCGGAGGAAGUGGACACAGCGACCAUCGACGCAAGCUGGGCAAAAUGCGAUGAGAUCCUCAGACAAAUGGGAUCAUUCAGCCUCUCUGCCCGGAACACCUGGCAAUUUUUGCAGGUCGCACGCGCCCGGGUCCUGUCCACUCCGCAGGAUCCGCCAUCUGCAGCCGCGGGCAACACUGCCACGCCGGCUCGUCAACACGUCAGCUCGCAGCCCAAUCAAGGGUAUCUAGCAGCCGAUGUACCUCCCAUCCAAGAGCCAUCGAAUGCGUUCAAUUGGGAGACGACAAUGGGCUUUCUAGCGUCCGACCUGGGCUUUAAUGAACUACACGGAUGGUUGCCAGAGUGGGAGCUGGGGAUGGGAGAAGAGGAUGUGAUUGGUAGCCUCGUGCAUCCUUAUGGCAAUGAGUGGAAUACCCGGAUCGAACCGGUGACGGAGUUGAAUGUACUCACCAACCCACCUGGCUCAUGCUUCGCCGAGGACGAAGCCCUGAAAGACACAUACGACGCGCCAGAAGAGUUUCGGCCGAUUGCCCGCGGUAAGGACCUCAAUGGUUCCUUCUUCAGCGACUAUACCAUCGAUGAGGAUGACACGCCUACAUACCAUGUGUCUUGGGCAACCUACAAGGCCAAGUUGGUUAGGUCGGAGCACGAUUAUAACUGGGUCCAAACAACCGUCCUCGUCAAAUGGAAAAUCCCAUCCCAGAUAGAGGUUGUCUUCCUCAACCUAGAAGAUAAACAGAAGAAACACAUCGUGAAAAGGCUGCCCACCGAGGAAAAGAGACAGUUCCAUCCAUUCACCUGGCAUGCACUCCUCGCGGGGUCCAUCAUCGGUCUAUAUGACAUGUGCUUCUGGCUUCUAAGGGAUCUUAAAAGGGAGGUAACCUCGCAACCUUCGCGCGACCUCGCCAGACAACACGAUAUCGCUCGACACAUCUUCCACCUAUCCGAGGUCCUAGAAGUGACGGAGAACACCCUCAAGAACCUCGUGAGCGAACACCGGCGGUUUCGCGAGGAGUUUCAAGAUCUCACCGAAGGCAAACGGGGUGUUAUCAUCAACACACAGCAAAAGCUGUUCUUCGUGGAGAAGGAGAUACAUUCGCAGCGCAUGCGGGCGAGGUCGCUCACGGAGCGCUUGAACAACGAACUCAACCUGGGAUUUUAUCUGGCUACCUUUUCUGAAAGUGCGGUGAUGAAGACCAUCGGCUUCGUUACCAUGCUGUAUCUACCUGGAACCUUCAUCAGCGUAAUAAGUCGCUCCUGUCCCGGCGUCAGCAUUCUCAAUCCUGACUGA